UUUCCCAUUUUCCCAUUUCCGAUUCUAAUUAUAGGCUGCCCUACUUCUUUUCAACUCGAGAGUCUUCGUUCUUUAGCACAGACAAAGUAAAACCUUCCCACACACUUCCAUGGUAAAUCCCCGGAAAUGGAGAGUUGAAGUCACCGGAGAAGAAGAAUACGCAAUAGUUAGGGUUUAGAGGCGAUUGUUUGCUCUACUGUUGAUGGUAAUUUGAUUUUUUUGUGUUUUUUUGCUUUUUUCGCUUGUUUCUGGGGAGAAUUCGAGGUAAUCGACAAUGGCGGUGGGGCGGAGAGACAAGUCCAACCCGUCGUCAGUCCGCGGAUCACGAAUCGUGGCGGCGAUUGGGAUCGGUAUAGCCAUGGGAUGCGUUUUCGCUUUCCUGUUCCCCCACGGAUUCUUCUCAUCAAAUCCGGCCGCUCAAAUUCGUCCCCUGGCGAAUACCAAUCUUAAGGUUGAUUCGGGUUCGGAUUCCUGCGAGUCGACUGAGAAAGUGAAUCGAUUGAAAUCCGAUAUUAUGAAGUUAUCAGAUAAGAACGUCGAAUUGAAAAGGCAGGUGACGGAGUUGAAUGAAAAGCUAAGGUUAGCCGAGCAGGGUAAAGACAUUGCUCGGGAGCAAUUCUCGGUUUUGAGUAAGCCUCAAAAGGCCGGGCCGUUCGGUACCGUCAAGGGUUUACGGACGAAUCCAGCCGUCGCUCCCGACGAAUCCGUGAACCCGAGACUCGCGAAAAUCUUAUCUGAAAUCGCAGUUGGCAACGAGCUAAUCGUCGCACUCGCGAAUUCCAACGUGAAGGAGAUGCUCGAAGUGUGGUUCACCAACAUCAAACGUGUCGGAAUUCGGAAUUAUCUCGUGGUGGCGUUGGACGACGCGAUUGUCGAUCUCUGCAAGUCGAACAACGUCCCGUACUACCAACGGGAUCGGAACGACGCCGUCGAUCGAAUCGGAAGAUCGGGCGGAAACCAUGUCGUCUCCGGCCUGAAAUUCCGAAUCUUGAGGGAGUUUCUCCAGCUGGGCUACGGCGUACUCCUCUCCGACGUCGAUAUAGUCUUCUUGCAGAACCCGUUUAACCACUUGUACCGAGAUUCCGACGUCGAAUCGAUGUCGGAUGGCCAUAACAAUAUGACGGCGUACGGGUACAACGACGUUUUCGACGAGCCCGCGAUGGGUUGGGCCCGAUACGCCCACACGAUGAGGAUUUGGGUCUAUAAUUCCGGAUUCUUCUACAUUCGACCUACCGUCCCGUCCAUUGAGCUUUUGGAUCGAAUCGCCGGGAGGCUUUCUCGAGAGGAGAAAGCUUGGGAUCAAGCUGUAUUUAACGAAGAGCUUUUCUUCCCGUCGCAUCCGGGUUACGUCGGGCUUCACGCAUCGAAACGAACGAUGGAUUUCUACCUAUUUAUGAACAGUAAGGUUCUUUUCAAGACUGUGAGGAAAGACGCCAACUUGAAGAAGGUUAAGCCGGUUAUCGUUCAUCUGAAUUAUCAUCCGGACAAGUUUCCGAGAAUGAAAGCUGUAGUCGAGUUCUAUGUGAAUGGGAAGCAGGACGCGCUCGACCCGUUCCCGGACGGGUCGGAGUAGACGGGAAUUCGAAAUCGAAGUCGGAAUCGAAAUGGAAUUGUGUUGAGGUAUGUGCAAAGUUUCUUGCUUUUUGUGUUUUUUUCUUUUACUACAUUUAGUUUUGGGAAAUUUUCUUUGACAUAGUACAUGAUUUAUGAUCAUCAAUAUCAUCAUCUUGUUAGAAAUGUGUGUCUUGUUACUUUGUGAAACUAUAUAUUAUGUGUGAUGCUUUUUUUUUGCUACAUUCCUUGUUUAUUUUUUGUUGUGGAUUGAUUAUGUAUGUUAUAUGUAGCUUUAUUUGAUUGAACCUUUUGUUACUA